AUGUUUUGUGCAUCUAUAGCUCUCUUUGGAACUAUUUUUUUGGGUUUUCUUGGAUAUUUGGUUCAAAUUCAAAUGCCUUUUUUGAAGUUCAAAAUGCUUGAUAGACAAACAACAUAAAAUGCUUUAUAUACAUCAUCCAUUGUAAAAUUAACAAUAUAAAUUUAGAUCUAUUUUGUGUUAUUUCUUGUUAUUUUAUUGUAUGACUGUUUCAAAACCAAACCUUAUCCUCAAUAUAAAGUAUAUCAAUAAUGGAAAUACGAAAUAUAUUGA